AAAGAAAAGGAGAAGAGAAAAAGUAACAUUUCCUUGUAAACCAAUACCCCUUUCUUUCUUUCUCUCUCCCUUAUACAUUCCUUGCCACUUUGUCUAUCUGUCUGUUACUGUGAAACUUCGUUAUCUGAGUAGUUUUCUUUUUACCCUCACAAGUUUAAUUGCUUUGGAUCCAUUCCCAUACGGCAUAGGCAUACCCCCUCCCUUUUCUUUUAUAUAUAUUUGGUUUUUGUGCCCACGCUUAGCUGCUCCAAGAAAGAAACGAAAGAAAGAUAUUGCAUUUUAAAAACCCUUUCAAGUAGUCCACCUGCAAGACUUCUCUACCACUUGACUCUUCUCAUCAACUCUUCUGCUGCUUCAAUCCUUAUGGAAGAAUAUUAUUAUUCGAGGAACCAUGUACCAGCCUUUGGAAGCUGGGACUGGAAUAAUGACCUCCCUUUCACUCAGUGCUUUGAAUCUGCUAGACAAGCUGGGUUGCUUCGUUACAGUUAUUCUGAAGAUCGGGAUUUAUAUGUUGCUGGUGAUUUGUAUGAAAAUGAUGUGGUCACACCGGCCAUGAUUGUCGUUCCUCGCCGAAGGGGAAAAGUACGUCAACCCCGUGUCAAAGAAGAGAAAAGGAAGCAGCAAAGUUGGGUGGUUGGUGACGUGAAAGAACCACCGAGCCCCACUGCUGCUCCUCCUUCUAAUCCUAUAAUGACCAGGCCAACACCUAAGCCUGUUGAUGAAGACUUAUACAAAAUCCCACCAGAGCUCCUUUAUGCAAAGCCCAAAAAGAAGAGAGGUUUGGGCUUCUUUUCAAGCUGCUUGCUGCCAACUUGUGUAUUGUGAAGCUUGUAGGAGAAGUACAUACAUUUGGGAAUGAGAAGAAUAUUAUACAUAAUUGAAAAACUAUAAGUGUUUUUAUGCACUUAAAGGUUUUCCACGAGAUUAUUAUUGUAGAGGAAUAUUGCGAGCUACUGCUAUUAUCUAUUUGAAGGUUGUUAUUUCAAUUUCCUUUUCUUUUGCCAGACAAGGCCUCCUUUGUCUCAAAUGCCUUACUUUUGGUUGGGUAAAUUACUUUUUGAGAAGUGAAGAAAUUGAGAGUCUCUAACUUCUUAGACAACUUGAAGUUCUUGCUUAUGACACUUCAAGUGGAUAAGGAGGAGAUUAGAAAUGAAGGCAUGUUAAAAAAAAGAGAUGGGUGCUUAGCUUUCUUUUUUGUUUUGUUCUUUUUUAUUGAUGUGGAGCAAUGUAUAUUCCCUUCUAUUGAGUACUAA